AUGACAGCGCAAGAAGUCAUCACCUUCACUUGUAACAAGCUGGAUGUGAUCGUCCUCAUCAUCAAUAAUAAUGGAUACACGAUCGAGCGUCUGAUUCACGGUCCUGAACAACAUUACAAUGAUCCUAUCUUCAGGGCCUCUGUAGAUACUUGGGAAAGGUUGGAUGCCGUCUUGCACGACAAGGAUUUCAAAGAUGGGCGUGGGCUUCGCAUCGUGGAGUUGAAAUUGGAUACGAUGGAUUGCACACAGCAUAUGAGUGACUUUUCCCAGACGUAG